AUGUUUCAUCCAACCACAUCCUUGGCUGCAGAUACCGAUGCUAUUCAGAAACUGUUGCCCGAUCUGGCUAAGCGAACUCUUAUUGACUCCAUGGGGUUACCGACUCAAAAGAUCAGCAACACAAGCCAGGUUUCUGCGAUGUUUGUGUCGUGGCACGAUAUUUGUGCUUAUGUUCCUGAGGAGGAAACAAGUUGUUUCUCCUUAUCAGGCUGCUGUCUUGAGGAUGAUUUAGAGAAAGCAAAACCGAUCCAUAAAAAGAUUCUAACAGGAGUCUAUGGAUCUGCUCAACCAGGGGAGGUUAUUGCCAUUAUGGGUAGUAGUGGAGCAGGAAAAAGUACUCUUUUGAAUAUUUUGACUCACAGGAAUAUAGAGAAAGUAGUUUCUGAAGGCCAUGUUAAGAUAAACGGACUGACAGUCAACAGAGAUUAUAUGAGAAGAGUGUCCGCAUUUGUGCAACAGGAUGAUUGCUUCAUAGGAUCUCUCACAGUUCUGGAACAUCUCAACUUCUCAGCUAAACUGAAAAUGAGUGAUCGAUACUCUGAUAAAGACCAAGGUAAACGAGUCCGUCAAGUCAUAUCAGAGCUGGGUUUGAAAAAUUGUGCUAACACCAUCGUAGGAACUAGAUCUGUUAAAGGAUUAUCGGGAGGAGAGAAAAAAAGACUGAGUUUUGCUUCUGAGAUUCUAACAUCUCCACCUAUUCUUUUCUGUGAUGAACCAACUUCUGGACUAGACUCUUUCUUAGCUUUCCAAGUCAUUUCUGUAUUGAAAGAGUUGGCAAGAAAGAAGCGAAUGACCAUAUUGGUCACUAUUCAUCAACCUUCGAGUCAGAUAUUUGAGCUUUUCGACAAAGUUUACUUGUUGACAGAGGGACGCUUAGCCUUUUUCGGAACAUUAUCACAAGCCGAGAACUUCUGGAGAAAUAUUGGCAUGGAAGUUCCUCGUAACUUCAAUCCUUCAGAUCAUUAUAUUGCUAGUUUAUCAAACCCCAAGCAUAGUUCCAAGUGUUCCAAGCAGAUACAAAACAUCUGUGAUCUUUACUAUCGCAGUGAGGUCGGCAAGCAAAUGCUUCGAGAAGCUCGUUCUGCUGAUCAACAGUCUACUGGUAGUACAAGUACGAGCAUAGAAUGGAUAAGUAAUCGAAAGGGCGAGAAGCAUAUUAAUGACUAUCACGCUGGAUGGUUUACUCAGCUCAGAUGGCUUAUCUGGAGAAAUUGGAAGACAACAGUUCGUGAACCCACUAUGAUGAAAGUCCAGAUUUCUCAGUCAAUUCUCCUUGCCCUACUUACGGGAGUCUUCUAUUUGCACAAUUCUAUUAAUCAAGAUGAAAUUAUGAAUAUCAAUGGCUCAAUCUUUCAAAUGAUCACUCAAAUAGGUUUUAUGUUCCAAUUCAGCUGUGUCCAAAACUUCUGUAACGAAUUUGCCACUUUCCAUCGGGAGCAUGAUUCAAAUCUGUAUCGAACAAGUGCUUACUAUAUAGCAAAGAACUUGGCGGAAUUACCUGUAUAUACACUCGCAUCACUCAUCUUCUCUGUUAUCAUGUACUGGAUGUCGCGGCUGGUUCCGCAAUGGGAUGCCUUCCUAUACUUCCUACUAUGGGCAAUUUUAAUACAGAAUACAUCAGUUUCCAUCGGAUAUGCUUUCGCCUGUAUCUUCGGUACGAUUUCUCUCGCUCACGCCGUUUUGCCUCUGUUUGUGAUUCCUGCAAUGGCUUUUGCUGGAUUCUUCAUUAAUCAAGAAACGCUCCCACCUUACUUCUAUCCCCUUAAGUACGUUUCUCACAUAGGAUACGCUUUCGAAUCCCUGGUAAUCAACGAAUGGAGAUAUGUGGAAGACAUUCCUGGUUGCUCAUCCCAAACACGAGUUUGUCUCAAGAACGGAACGGAUGUUAUCCAUUCACUAUCGUUUGAUGUAUCUGACUUCACAUCCAAUAUCUACUACAUGAUCAUCUUACUUUUCUCUAUUCAAUUCAUCGGAUUUACCGCUCUGCAGAUUCGUGCUAGAUCGAAGAAAUAA